CUCCAUCUCGACGGCCAAGGCUUCCCUAAGCACGCACCGCCCUCCCCUUAUAAGCGGACGGGCGCUCACCCCUGCCGAGGGCCGCAGAGGAGUUUCUCCCGUGCCAUGGGGGCGUACAAGUACGUGUCUGAGCUAUGGAGGAAGAAGCAGUCGGACGUUAUGCGGUUCCUACAGCGGGUGAGGUGCUGGGAAUACCGCCAGCUUCCCUCGAUCGUGCGCGUCACGAGGCCGACGCGACCCGACAGGGCUCGGCGCCUUGGUUACAAGGCCAAACAGGGUUAUGUGAUUUAUCGCGUUCGUGUUAGACGUGGUGGCAGGAAGAGACCAGUUCCCAAGGGCAUUGUUUAUGGGAAGCCCAAACAUCAAGGUAUCACUCAGCUUAAGUUCCAAAGAAACAAGCGAUCAGUUGCAGAGGAGAGAGCUGGUCGCAAGCUGGGAGGCCUCAGGGUGCUAAACUCUUACUGGGUUAACGAGGAUUCAACAUACAAAUAUUACGAGAUCAUCCUUCUUGAUCCAUCCCACAGUGCCAUUCGCAACGACCCUAGAAUCAACUGGAUCUGCAAGGGCGUUCACAAGCACCGUGAGCUUCGCGGGCUAACAUCGGCUGGCAAGAAGUACCGUGGUCUUCGCGGUAAAGGCCACCUUCAUCACAAGGCUAGGCCAUCUCGUAGGGCAACCUGGAAGAGAAACCAGACCUUGUCUCUUCGCCGAUAUCGAUAGGAUCCCUUGCUCAGCUGAUUUGUUCUGGAACUUAAUUCAUUUUGAACUCCAUAAAAUUGGUCAUCUUUUUGUCAAGCUUGCCCGAACUUGCUUGUUGACGCUGAAACUUUGCAUCUAAUCUCAUUAUAGCUCUAUAUAUUUGUCUUUGCAGUA